AUGGGUGGUGCGGUAAGCUCGGGACGUAAUAACAAUGAGUUGAUAGACAAUUUAAUGGAAGGGAAUUACAUCCGAAGUCCGAUGGUGGAGCGUGUCUUCAGGGCACUCGACCGGGCUGACUUCAUGACUCCUGAAAAUAGAGACCAAGCUUAUAAGGAUCUUGCUUGGCGAGAUGGGCCGUUGCACUUGUCUUCGCCCUGUAUAUACAGUGAAGUGAUGGAAGGACUGGAGCUGAGGCCAGGGCUGUCAUUCUUGAACAUUGGGUCCGGCACAGGAUACCUCAGCACCAUGGUGGGUCUGGUCCUGGGUUCAGGAGGCAUCAGCCAUGGAGUGGAAAUAAAUCAAACAGUAGUGGAGUAUGCUACUACGAAGAAUCGCCAGUUUAUUGAGAAUUCUCCUACUUUAGAUGAUUUUGACUAUUGUGAGCCUAAAUAUUACUUGGGGAAUGGGCUGUGUUUGGCUCCGCUGCAAGCGCCUUACGAUCGUGUUUACUGCGGCGCUGGUUGUCCAGAAGAAUAUACAAACUACUUUAAGCAGCUCAUAAGGAUUGGCGGUAUCCUGGUGAUGCCAUUGAACGAUACACUGCUGCAAGUGAAGCGAGUUGGUGACAACGAGUGGGUGUCGCGCAGCAUGCUCAACGUGUCCUUCGUCACCCUGAAGCUGCCUACCACUGAUCCACCCACGGAACUGAUCAAACUUGACGAGCAAACACCACCACGGCUGCAAUUACUGUCUCGCGCGUCAGUGAGACGUGCCAUGCGGCUGGGGGUGCUGCGCCGCAACCCCGAGCUCCAGGAGCCUCCAAGCGGACCCCGGGACCCUCGCCCCUCGCGCUCCCUUCGCCACAUGAGACACUGCCCCCGUCGCAUCUGCAUACCCGUCGACGAGAGGCCAGGACGUUUUGAUAUGCUGCACGACUUAGACCGUGAGAACGGCGCGAACGAAAUGAACGCGCUCCUAAGCCUCGUAUUGAGUAUGGGUGAUAACAGGGUUGCUGGUGCUCUGAGGUUUGAUUCGCCAUCAGAGUCCUCUGCUGAUGAAGGUUCUCAAGAUGAAGCACAAGAUGAAGAACAACCACAACAAAACAGGGAUAGAGAGCCCAACUUUGAUGCUAAUGCCGAUGAAGAUGCAGUAGACGAAGCUUCUGAUCGAAGAGUUGAUGUGGUCUUUAGAAGUUUUCUCAAUAUAAGAAGACGCAAUCUUAGCCAAAAUGGAAAUGACACACAGGGUCGUUCACUAACAUUCGAGUUUCUGGAAGCUGAACCUGCCACAUCUCAAGAACCUGGGGACAACGGAGCUCCACCGGAUCCUAAACAAUGCACGUCGACAAACAGCGAAGUACCGGCUGAUGUGGAGGUAUACUUCGAUAAUAACGCUGAGCUGCCGGGAACCUCAAAAACUGAAAUGGAGUGGGAGGAGUCAAAGACUGAUGGCAAACGUGAGCAAACCAGUGAUGAUGACACAGAAUCAAUUUCGAAGGGUACAGAAGAGAAGCGAAAGAAGCUAGACAGUGGUAUUGGAGAAGAAAAUUCACCAUCCAGUUCUUCACCAGAAAAGACUGAGAAGAGUGACGAAUCGGAAAUAUGUGAAGACUCACAUCCAUCUGAUAGUCAUACUGAAGAUACAGAAGCUGCUUCGGGUGAAGGUCGUCACCGGUCGAAACGCACCCGUUUGCUUAGACCAGCGUCAUCCACUGAUGAAGAUGGCUCUGAUGAUGGGCUAGGUAGUCCACAUCGUCGCCACAAGAAGCGCGCCAGCCAAGGUGGAGACGCAAGACGCGUCCGCCUCUCCAUUCUUAUGAAGCGAGCCAUCAAAGAACUACCACUACCAUAUGCACUCAAGAAGUAUGUGAACUAUGGACGUUGCUUUCAGUUCUAA